GUUCUUUUCUCAUAGUGAAAGUUUAACUAUUCAAGCAUCAUUCAACCUUCAUCACUAACUACUCUAUAGCUAAAGAUGUCUUCAAUCACUUUCAUACAGUCAUCUUCUCUCCUUAUGCUUUUUAUCCUUUUUGGUUUCUCUUCUGCUAGCAAUCAACAUUCAGAAUCACUACUAAAAGGCUCACAAGUACUUAGCAACUCACUGGUUGAAAACAUGACAAGACGAGGUGUCCCUGACGAGGCAUACCGCAAAGUCAUAUCUGAUCUGUGCACAUUUUAUCAGUCAAUUGAUGAAUACAGAGAAGUGACUGCAAAUGAUACCAGCAAUGUUACUAAAGCCAUGCACAUCGUACUGAAUGCAACCUACAAUGACAGCUGCAAAUGGCUUCAAGAAACAAUAAAUGACUAUGAUUGCACAGAUAUAAGCUCCAUUGAUGUGACAGAGAUUUGCACCUUUCUUGAAGCAUUUAACGCUACAAAAGGUCUUCUUGAUGUUUUUGAAGAUAAUUCAAAAACACCAACUGGUGGAAGCUUUACUAUUGAAUGUGAUGAUGGCAACUGUGACAGUGUAUGUGUACUAUUAGGAAAUGAAGCUAACUGUGAUUGUAAAGACGCCAGCCGCUCAAAACCAGAUGUUAUAACUUGCCAGUGAACAUGUUUAAUUUAUUAUUUUUGUUUUCUGUUAUUAGCCAUUAUUAAAACCAUUCUUUAUCACUUUUAUAAUUCACCCAAUACUAACUUUAUUCACUUUCUAUCCUUCCCCAAUUUAUUUUAUUACACAAUAUUAUGAUUUAAAAG